CUUUUUUGGUCUCAGGAUUACCAAUAUCGAUUUCUUCUUCUUCUUCUCUUAGCUCCGUCUCUGCUCCGUCUCCGCUCCGGGAUUCUGGAUUAUAUUCUGUUUGUGUGUGUGAGAGAGAGAUUUUUAUAUCAGACUCUCGCAUCCCAUCACAUCCAUUCAAUCCCAUAGUAUACCGACCUUCACCCCCCUCCUCUCUUCUCUCAUCUCACCAUGAAACCCAUCAUCUUCCUCCAGCAUCUCCUCCUCCUCUCCCUCAAUCUAUCUCCCAUCACCGCCCUCUCCGCCGCAGACUGGCGCGCACAAUCUAUCUACCAAGUUGUCACAGAUCGCUUUGCACGCACAGAUGGAUCGACAACUGCGGCGUGUAAUGUGAAUAAGUAUUGUGGAGGCUCGUGGAAGGGGAUUGUGGCGAAGUUGGAUUAUAUUCAGAGUAUGGGGUUUACGGCUAUUUGGAUUUCCCCAAUUGUGAAAAAUAUCGAGGGAGAUAGUGUGGAUGGUUCAGGUUACCAUGGCUACUGGGCCCAAAAUAUUUACCAAGUAAACCCCAAUUUUGGUACUUCGGCAGAUCUUAAAGCGUUGUCUGCUGCUCUACAUGCUAGAGGUAUGUAUUUGAUGGUUGAUGUUGUGACAAAUCACAUGGCAUAUAUGGGUAGUGGAUCGAGUGUGAAUUAUAGUAUCUACACCCCAUUUAAUUCUAAAUCAUACUACCAUUCCCCCUGUCUCAUAGACUAUAACAAUGUCACCUCCAUCAAAGUCUGCUGGGAAGGCGAUAACAUCGUCUCACUCCCUGAUCUGCGCACAGAAGAUGCAAAUGUACAGGCAGAGUGGAAUUCGUGGAUUGGAGAGUUGGUGGCGAAUUAUUCGAUUGAUGGGUUGAGAGUUGACAGUGCGCAACAGACGGGAGUGGGAUUUUUCCCGAGCUUUCAAAGUGCUGCGGGUGUAUAUAUUGUUGGAGAAAUUUACAAUAGCGACCCGACAUAUGUAUGUCCGUACCAGAAUUACAUGAAUGGAGUUCUUAACUAUCCUGCCUACUACUGGAUAACCCAAGCUUUCCAAUCCACAACCGGUAGCAUAUCCAACCUCGCAAACGGAAUCAACACGAUGAAAUCCACCUGUUCAGACACCACGCUUCUCGGUUCCUUUAUCGAAAAUCACGAUGUAGCUCGUUUUGCCUCUUUGACAUCCGAUGCUGCGCUUGCGAAAAAUGCGAUUGCUUUUACGAUUCUAGCGGAUGGGGUACCGAUCAUAUACCAAGGUCAAGAACAACAUUUAUCCGGAAACGGCGUGCCCAAUAACCGCGAAGCCCUCUGGCUGAACUCAAAUUCAUAUUCCCAAACAGGAGUAUACUACAAGCUCAUCGCAUCCGUAAACCAAAUCCGCAACCAGGCAAUCUAUGUAGAUCCCACCUAUCUUACAUAUAAAGCAUAUCCGGUCUAUAGCGAUUCGCAUACGAUUGUGAUGAGAAAGGGAUUUACGGGAAAACAAAUCAUUGCGGUGUUUAGUAAUGUAGGGGCUUCGGGGAGUGCGUCCAACCUCACUCUCACCACUUCCCAAACGGGAUUUUCAGCAACAUCACAAGUCACGGAAAUCUUAACUUGUGGAUCAUAUACAACGAAUGGGAGUGGAAGUUUGGCGGUGCAGAUCGUGGGGGGUGCGCCGAGGAUUUUUACCCGAGGGCGAGGUUGGUGGGGAGUGGGGUUUGUGGGUUGUAGGUUGGAGGGUUUGGAGGAGGGGGGAGGAAGGGGAGAGGGAGGGGAAUGGAGAAGGGGAAAGGGAAAGGUGGGGAAGGAGAUUAGCGAGAUUUGGAAUCGGAAAAAGGAGUACAGUUUUGAGGGUUCUUUCUAG